GCAGCCUUUAAUUUUCCCUGGAAAUGUGUUUGCAUUUCUCCCCCUCCUCCUUCCUCUGCCACAACUUUUGUUUGGCCACGGCCAGACAUACACCCAGCCUGGGGGUGUGUGUGUUCACUCUCUGGAUGACUAUAUAAGUGGACAGACGCCAGGCAGGGGAGCUAAGCUAGGAGCUCCUUUUGCAGAAGCAGGAGGAGGCAGAGACAGGAGGCGAGACCAAGGAAGGGCAUUGCGGGACUCCUGUGACGGGCAGCAUGGCAGAAGAUCUCCAGCUAGAAACAUGGGACCUGGAAUGCGAGCGCAACAAUCGGGAGCACCGGACCUCCGAGAACGGCAACGAGCGUCUGAUCGUGCGCAGGGGGCAGCCGUUCACCAUCACGCUGCACUUUUCCGGGAGGGAGUACCAGGAAGGCGUGGACCAGCUCACGUUCCACGUUGAGACAGGGCCCUGCCCCAUCGAGACAUCGGGGACCAGAUCUCUCUUUCCGCUUUCCUGCUCCCUGGAAGAGGCUGUCUGGAGCUCAGCCGUUGAGCACCAGGAGGGGACCUCUCUGACUCUGUCCAUCUCCUCCCCUCCUGACGCCCGGAUCGGCCGCUACCGCCUGACCAUGGACGCUGCCACUGACCAUCAGGGCUCCAGCUUCAGCCUGGGCGAAUUUGUCCUGCUCUUCAACCCUUGGUGCCCAGCGGAUUCUGUCUCCCUGGAGAGCGAAGAGCAGCGUGUGGAAUACGUGUUGACCCAGCAUGGCCAGAUCUACCAGGGAUCCAAGGAUUACAUCUACUCGAUCCCAUGGAACUUUGGCCAGUUUGAAGAUGACAUUCUGGACAUCUGCCUCCAGCUGUUGGACACCAACCCCAAGUUCCUCCGAAACCAGGAUAAGGACUGCUCCCGACGCAACAGCCCUGUCUAUAUCAGCAGGGUAGUGAGCGCCAUGGUGAACUGCAACGAUGACCAAGGCAUCCUGCUCGGGCGCUGGGACAACCAGUAUGACGACGGUGUGAGCCCCAUGGCCUGGAACGGGAGCGUGGACAUCCUCCAGAGGUGGCAGAAAUAUGGGUGCCAGCCAGUCCGGUACGGGCAGUGCUGGGUCUUUGCUGCUGUGGCCUGCACAGUGCUGAGGUCCCUGGGGAUCCCCACCCGCGUGGUCACCAACUACAACUCUGCCCACGACACCAACGGCAACUUGGUCAUAGAGCAGUAUUUGGAUGAGAACGGGAAGCUGCAGCAGGGCAACCGGGAGCUCAUCUGGAAUUAUCACUGCUGGAACGAGUCCUGGAUGACCCGCCCUGAUCUCCCAGGCGGCUAUGACGGCUGGCAGGCUGUGGACCCAACUCCCCAGGAAAAAAGCGAAGGAGUCUACUGCUGUGGCCCCACUCCAGUCCGAGCUGUCAAGGAAGGAGACCUGAAGCUGAAGUACGAUGUGAAGUUUGUCUUCGCCGAGGUCAACGCAGACGUGGCUUAUUUGAUGCUGCAGAGCGACAUGUCUCGGAAGAGGACCACCUACUCCUCUCUGGUGGGAAAGCACAUCAGCACCAAGAGCAUUGGCAGGGAUGCCAAGGAGGACAUCACCCACAACUACAAGUACCCAGAAGACUCAGAGGAGGAGAGGUCCGUCUUUGAGAAGGCGAAGCACCAGAAGGUCUACCCGCCAUCAGAAAAGGGCUUGAAAGUAAAAAUCAAGGCCUCUGAAGGGAUGAACAACGGGUGCGACUUUGACGUCUUUGCCGUCAUCAACAACAACACGGACACCGAGCGCCGAUGCCGGCUUAUGUUUGGCGCCCGGACUGUCACCUACAACGGGACGCUGGGGCCAGAAUGCGGGAGCAAAGACCUGCUCAACGUCAACCUGGAGCCCUACGCAGAGAGGGUCGUCCCCUUGCGCAUCCUCUACGAGAAGUACGGCGACUGCCUGACGCAGGACAAUAUGAUCAAGGUGAUGGCUCUCUUGAAGGAGCAUGAGACCAACGAGAUCGUCCUUGAGUCCAGGAACAUCUAUGUCAAAAACCCAGAUAUCAAAGUCCGGAUCUUGGGGGAGCCAGUUCAGAAGCGGAGGCUGGUGGCCGAGCUGACACUGAAGAACCCCCUUCCGACCCCCCUGAAUGGCUGCCUCUUCGCCGUCGAGGGUGCCGGCCUGACAGAAGGGCAGAAGAUCCAGGAGCUGGACAGCCCCGUCGGGCCGGGUGAGGACGCCAAGGUGAGGGUGGAGUUUGUGCCCCGCCAGUCGGGCCUGAGGAAGCUGGUGGUGGAUUUUGAGAGCGACAAGCUGAAGGGGGUGAAGGGCUACCGGAACGUCAUCAUCGCCCCCCUGCCCAAAUGAUGUGCCGCCCUGCCCUGCCCGGGAAGAGGGUUACUUUGCUGGCCCGGCCUGAAAUCCAUCGCCUGAAGCCGCCUCUUUAGAAAGACGGGUGAUUCCGGCAGCAACGGGGACCCUGGAAAACUCCCCUAGUGUACACUCAAAUGUGACAAUAUUGCAAGGAGCCACCACCCCCAACUGCUCCUUCACCAAGGAGCCGAAAUUUGGUCCUAGCUAGACCCUCCCCUGCAAAAAAAAUAUAUAUUUUUGUGGCUUUUUCAAAGAGGUCAUCUAGUCCAACCCCCUCUAAUGCAGGAAUUACGGCUGAAGAAUCCCAGUUGGAAAACCUCCAGUGGAGUUUAGAAAGUUCCUCCUGAUGUUAUUUGCGCACACAGCAGAAAUGUAUCGCUUUGGGCCACAGACGGGGCGGGAACUUUUUGAGAGUUCCCCCGUGAAAAAUGACAUCACACGCAAAACUCCCCCGGCAGCGCCUGGCAAGUUUGCAGACUCCCUGGGCUGCUGGUUUUCUGUCUUCAAGGGAGUUGGAGCAAUAAAUAAAGCUCCGUCCUUCCACCUCAGGAGGACUUGAACCCCUUAUUUCCCCUCCGUCUGCUGUGUCCGUAAGACAGGAAUAUCUCCUGCCCAGAAAUGGGUGGCCCUUAAUGUCCAGCUGUCUGCAGCCCCAACAAAAUGUGACAUGCCCUUCCCCGAAGUCGCAGGGGAGAGGGACGCAAAUAUUGUAAGCUGCUUGCUGCAUCAUGCCAAAAAUAAAGAAAAUAAUAUAUAUCUAGAUUCUGGCACCAGCAGCCACCAGAAAUGUACGGCAGCAAGUACAGACUUCUGCUGUGCCAGUCCUGAAAGACCCACCUAACCCGGCAUCCUGUUCUCAAAUCCUGAUCAUCAAAUGCCUCUAUUGGGAAACCCGCAAGCGGCAUUCGAACACAGAACCCCUCUCCACUCCUGCAGUUUAGUAGCUAGUAGCCAUCAAUAGUCUCCUCCCCCUCCAGGAAUUUGCCCCGCCCUCUUUUAAAGUUGGUCCCUGCCCCAUGUGGGAGGGAGUUCCGCAGUCUAACCGUUCACCAAGGCCCAGGGUUUCGCACUGAUGGCACAAGCGCUUUGUCUAAAAACUGUGGCGAGCGGAGUUUUAUUUCGUGUUUGAAACCAGGGAAGAUCUGGCUGGGUGGGACAGGAGAAGGAGUCUGCCAACGACCAUCGGAUAAACAGAGACGUCAAAGGCACUCAGCGCUGCCAAGACAGAUGCUGGCCAGAGGCACCAGCUCUACUUGGGCUUAGAAGCACCAGCCUCAAAUCCUUUCCCUGGGCCAUCUUUAAGUAUUUAGCUGGAGAAACAAACUCUCUAUGUUCGUUAGAAGGCAUGGCAGGGGAAAAAAUGAAAAUUGAGAGCCAGGACUGUGGAGGAGAAGGAAGGCAGAGAAAGCAGCUUUCUUACCCCUUCCAGUGCGGUUUCUGGGGAACAGAAAGACAAGCGCAAUUUCUUGGUGGAGGCAUUUCUUGCUAAGAAGCUCCCAGGUCCACACUUUGCAGAAAGAUUCAUUUAUUUUUUUAAAAAGCUGACCCAAGAAACAAAGGGCUUAAUAAUGUGAGCAAUGUAAUAUGUACAUACCUAUAGAUAUAUUUGUGUACCGUGAUGCUAUGUGUAAUCUCAAAUGUGCAGAGGAGAAGGUGGUUUGCCGGCUUCGCUUGAUCCUUUCUAGCUGACGCUCGCGGCAAAUGCUGUGUUCUCAGAGCCGGGUAUUUCACCCGUGGAACUAUGCAAUCACUGAAUAAAGAGUUAAUUUUUCACCUUC